AUGAGGCCCCCGGGCAAUAGGGGAUCAUGGGGCCCCUGUGUCCUUGCCCAAACUCAAAAAAGCCUAUGAAAAAGGUACCAGGGGCAUCUCAUGGGGCCCCCUACUGACCCCCGGCCCUCGGGCAGUGCCCGAGUGCCUAAAUGGUCAGUCCGCCCCUGGUUGAGGGAAAUAUUCCUGUUUUUUUUAGCAUGUAACAGUUUGUACAGGGAAAUGUCCUUCCUGCAUACACCAUUCCUCCUACAAAUGCAAGACGGUAGUUUAUAGCCCAAUUCAAGAGAUUUGGUAUCAUUGAGAAGAUAACAAUCUGGUAUUGUUUGUGA